AUGGCCAGAGAGUUGUGGUUAAGUCACCCAAGAGAUAUGGGACCCGGUUCCCGCAAGUGCCGCACCUGUGGAAAUCACCACGGUCUUAUCAGAAAGUAUGCCCUCAACAUGUGCAGACGUUGUUUCCGUGCCAACGCUGAGGCUAUUGGCUUCCACAAGUACCGU